UCCCAGUCACGGAACUGGCAGACAACUCGACCGGGACAGGCGGUUCAGUUAUAGCACCUAUGUUGAUGAUGGCUGUCAAAGGUGUGUUGAUAAACGCUGCAACCGCGUGAAGACAGUGGGUCCCAAAAUGAGCAACAACACGACGCAAUUCCCGAGUACGCUGUCCCCUUCUGGUGUGAAUGCCAACGGUCCCAUCACAUGGGACGAUGCGACAUGGAUUCUCACCAGCGCCUUCAUCAUAUUUACUAUGCAGUCAGGUUUUGGACUUCUGGAAGCUGGGGCCGUGUCAAGCAAAAACGAGGUCAACAUCAUGGUGAAAAACGUAGUGGACAUUGUGUUCGGUGGCCUGACAUAUUGGGCCUAUGGAUUUGGAUUUAGUUUCGGCGAAGACAAAGGUACAAAUCCGUUCUGUGGGAUCGGAUACUUCUUUGUCGACUCCAGUGAUGAAAAUAUGGGGAUCGUGUUUUCAACAUUUGUGUUCCAGCUGUCUUUCGCGACCACAGCUACGACCAUUGUUUCGGGUUGCAUGGCUGAGCGGACUAAACUGAUAAGCUACAUAUUGUUUUCAUUUUGCAACACUAUUGUGUACUGUUUCCCUGCCCAUUGGGUAUGGGGAUCUGAUGGUUUUCUUAAGCAAAUGGGAUCGGUGGAUUUUGCAGGGUCUGGUGUUGUUCAUCUGGUGGGUGGAUCCUCUGGCCUUGUGGCAUCUCUUUUACUAAAACCACGCCUUGGUAGAUAUGACCAUGGAACUGAUCCUCUUCCCAUGUGCAGUCCAGCCAAUGCAAUUGUUGGAACCUUCAUGUUAUGGUGGGGCUGGCUUGCAUUCAACUGUGGCAGUACCUUUGGUAUUUCUGGUGGCAAAUGGCAGUUGGCAGCAAAGGCAGCAGUGACGACACUGAUGGCUUCAACAGGAGGUGGAAGUGCCGGGGUAAUCAUAAGCUAUGUUUUCAAAAAGAGGAAGUUCGACGUUGGAUACCUUAUAAACUCGGUACUUGGUUCCUUGGUCUCUAUAACAGCAAGUUGUGCCCUAGUGCGACCCUGGGAAUCAAUAGUUAUUGGUAUCAUAGGAGCAAUACUAACUCUCUGUUGUGCCAAGCUUCUUGAUGUUUUACACAUAGACGACCCAGUUGGAGCUGUCGCCGUCCACGGGGCUUCCGGUUUCUGGGGGCUCCUUGCUGUGGGUCUUUUUGUUGAGCAGGACCCUAUUGAAAACUUGACAGGGGGUUCAUCUGGGCUGUUUCAUGGGGGAGGCUGGUAUCUUCUUGGAAUUCAGACAUUGUCAGCUGUUUGUGAAAUCGCAUGGAGCGCCACGACAACAUUCAUCAUAUUAUUCAUUAUCAAGAAAACAAUCGGCCUCCGUAUGGACCCUGAGGAAGAACAGCUUGGGGCGGAUCUUGUGGAACAUAACAUUGGAGCCAGGAUCGGUGAUCCUAUUCUGUUUUCCCCUCGGCCAAGCGCACCUCCCAAGCAUCUCCGUCCUGCCACUGCUACCGGAAGUGACGACAUUGCCGCGUCCAUGACUUCGCUCCAAAGUAAUGAGUCCUUAUUUAAGAAACGUAAAGGGAAGCCUGGUGGAAACGAAAUACAAAGCAUUUCUAUGAUAUGUCAAGAAGACGUGUAAUGUUUUGGGAGAACGAGGCCGCGGUACAUCAGUGAAAAAUAUAGGAAAAUAGCGUUAGCCUGUGUUGAUAGUUUGCGGACGGAUUUGUAUGUUACAAACAACGCUAACGUUCUUAGAAGCACAUAGUAGCUCAUCCCUUCUUUGUUUGGUGUAUUUUGGUUUGUUUAAAACACAUUAUGAUGACAUCUAGCUGUAUAAUGACGACCAUCUUCCCGAGGCAAGUGAGUUAACUGACUAUAAAAGUCCAGUUUCCACCCUUGCCGAACUAGGCUGGUAUUAUGGAGUUACAUUUUGGCUGGACUAACGAGUCUAUGUAUAGUCCAUUCAAAAUCGCGCACCGAAAUCGAAAUCCGGUUCGUAGAGUGUCAUGCAGUUUUCGGUCGACUGCAGGAUUUGCAAAGCAUGUGCACCGCUAACUCGUCAACAGAUAUUUUCUAAAUCUUUUCAUGUUUAUAAUCAAGGUGCUCACGUGAUUUCAUGCACUUCGCGAUGCAAUAUAGUUCUUGAUUAUCGAUCAGAUCGUCUUGACUGGGCGCCACCGUUUUGUUUGAAACAAAUGCAAGUGACACGAGAGGUUGAAUCUGAUUGGUCAAUAGGAGAGG